AUGAUCGCCAACGGACACGUAGUAGGCGACGGAUCGUGGGACCUUCGCGUUUUCGUCACCGAUCUGCAAACUGAGCGGCUGAUCCGUGUCAAAGGAGACGUACACAUCGGAGGAGUCAUGCUGAGACUGGUCGAAGACCUAGAAAUCUCCAUGGACUGGUCAGACCAUGCCCUCUGGUGGCCAGAACAAAACGUUUGGUUGACGAGAACGCGAUCUACCUUGGAUCAGUGUGGUGUCCAUGCAGACGCCUUGUUACAUUUCACCCCCAUGCACAAAAUUCUCAGGGUGCAACUCCCUGAUCUCAGGUAUCUGGAGAUGAGAGUGGAUUUUUCCAUAAAGACUUUCUCAAGUGUAACCCAAGUGUGCAAAGAUUUGCGAAUCAGGCACCCUGAAGAACUGUCAUUCUGCAAGCCCUUGGACCACAACCACCUGAAAUACAACUACAAAGACAUGCCGAAGAAGAAGCAGGAGCACAAUGGGGUGCACAAAAACGGCCACAUCUGCGCCAAUGACACCAACACCUUCAUAGCAAACAGCAGUCCUGGUGGAAGUACAGGCAGUUUGGACAACUCCCCUUUCAUGUGCGCCCCUGUUACCCCCUCGAGAGCCCCCGCCAGUUCCACGCCCAUCAAUAGUCCCGCAGGAAACGGCACUUGGAAGAGAAACGGAUAUGGAAACGACCUGAACGGCAGUUUGAACUAUUCAGGAAACAUCACAAGCAGUCUCAGUCUGGACGAAUUGAAUGGUACUCUGGACAGCACAUUAGCACAAAGUCCGCCUACUCCAAGUCCAGAGGCUAAAAGACACCUUGUCAGGCCCAAAUCUCUAGUAGAAAAAGCCAGAAUGAAUGUAGGAUGGUUGGACUCCUCUUUAUCUAUAAUGGAGCAGGGAGUGAGAGAACAUGAUACACUUUGUCUGAGGUUUAAAUUUUUCGUUUUCUAUGACUUGAAUCCAAAAUAUGAUGCCAUCCGAAUCAAUCAAAUUUAUGAGCAAGCCAAAUGGCAGUUGUUGAAUGAAGAGAUUGACUGCACAGAAGAAGAAAUGUUGAUGUUUGCUGCUUUACAGUUGCAAGUGAAGUUAGAAGCAAGUAGACCUCAGCCUAUGUUGGAGAAUAAUGGUAGCACCCCAUCCCCAAUCGAUGAUGAUAUAGAUGCUGCCCUCAAUAACCUACAAACAACUUUGGAAGGCUCCAGUAUUUCUACCAAUUCGAAUGACAUCACACAAGUGCCUGAACUGAAGGAUCAACUGAGGUUUUUGAAGCCAAAGAGGUUCACUUUGAAAGCCUACAAAAAAUACUGGUUCACAUGCCGAGACCUCCACCUCUACAUGUACAAAAGCCGAGAGGAAAUGGUGCACGGCCAUAACCCCGUUUUCAACAUUAACUUGAAGGGCUGCGAAGUCACCCCUGAUGUCAACAUCACCCAGAACAAAUACGUCAUCAAACUGGAGGUGCCUAGUCCUGAAGGAAUGUCCGAAAUGUACAUAAGAUGUGACGAUGAGGCCCAAUAUGCUCGGUGGAUGGGCUGUUGCCGAUUGGCUGCCAAAGGACGGUCUCUAGCUGACAGUUCAUACGAGUCUGAGAAACAAACGAUUCUGGACCUGUUGAACCUGCAAAAGCCCUCCGAGCAGCCCGUCGUCAAUCCCAACACCUUGGACAUCCAAGUUGAGGAUUUCAUCGCGCCGAAAUACCUGAAGAGGUCCAGAGCAAAGCUCACCCAAAGGAUCCUGGAAGCCCACGCCAACGUCAAAGACUUGGGCCUGAUCGACGCCAAAAUGAACUACAUCAAAGCCUGGCAGCUGCUGCCCGACUUCGGAGUGUCCCUCUUCGUCAUCAAGUUCAUGAACUUGAAAAAAGAAGAGCUUCUAGGGGUGGGUUAUAACAGGGUGAUGAAAAUGGACAUCAACACGGGCGACCACCAGAAGACCUGGAGGUUCAACACGAUGAAAGCGUGGAAUGUUAAUUGGGAAAAUCAGCACAUGAUGGUGCAGUUUGAAGACGAAAAUAUCGUUUUUAGUUGCUUGUCGGCAGAUUGUAAAGUUGUUCACGAGUUUAUUGGAGGUUAUAUAUUUUUGUCCACCAGGUCUAAAGAUGCGAGUCAAACGCUUAAUGAAGAGUUGUUCCAUAAGUUGACUGGCGGUUGGUCUUGA